AUGCCUAACCCACCGAGCGCCCCAGGCACCCCUCUGGUUUAUGGCUUCCUGCUGCUACUUGUCAGUCUCCACAAACACUCGCAGGAUGAAGGCGUUGGACAGCAGAAAGUCCUUCCUCAGAUCCCUGUGAAGAGUGGUGGUCCCCAUGGGGCAGGGGUCCUCGGGGUGCACCUGGAGGGCCCGUUCAUCAGUCGGGAGAAGCGAGGUGCACACCCCGAAGCCCACCUGCGCUCCUUUGAGGCCAACGCCUUCCACGAUGUGCUGGCCACCUACGGGCCCCUGGACAACGUCCGCAUUGUGACGCUGGCCCCCGAGCUGGGCCGAAGCCAUGAGGUGAUCCAGGCGCUGACAGCCCGUGGCAUCUGUGUGUCCCUAGGACACUCGGUGGCCGACCUGCAAGCCGCGGAGGAAGCCGUGCAGAGUGGGGCCACCUUCAUCACCCACCUCUUCAACGCCAUGCUGCCUGUGAGCUGCAGUGUGGAGCUGGCCCUGGAGGCUGCAUCCCUGCACCCCGCACAGCUGCUGGGGCUGGAGAAACACAAGGGGACCCUGGACUUCGGGGCUGAUGCAGACUUCGUGGUGCUCGAUGACUCCCUCCAUGUGCGGGCCACCUACAUCUCGGGCGAGUUGGUGUGGCAGGCGGAGGAAGCCAGGCAGUGACUGAGGACCACGGCUGGAAGGGACGACCAGCCUGAGCUGGACACUGUCAGGGCUGAGCCGUCGAGGAGCUGGUC